AAAUAAAGGACUGAAAAUCAAAACAAGUAAAAUUUACUCCCAUUGAAAGUCACUCCGCCGGAAGAAGAUGCAGCAGCUUCCCAGAGAUGUACCAAAACGGCGCCGUCAGUACAAAAAUGUCCGAUAACACAUUAGAAACAACAACAGGGGAGUUGCUAAGGUCAUUUGGCCUCCCCUGGCCGGAUCUCAACGACGGAUUGUUCUACAGCGAUGUUGCUUCGUCCUCCGAUUCAGAAUUGACACUGAUAGACUUCUACUCUGGCAAAUACAAUAAUUCAGCUCCAUUACAAGGUUGGUUGCAGCGAAUCCAGAAUGGACAGAUAUCAAUUGAUGGUAUUGUUGUUAAAGAAUCCAAUACAAAGCUCAGGUCUGGUUCGGAGCUUGUCUAUCAUAGGCUUCCUUGGAGAGAACCUGAUGCGCCUUACAUGCUUCAAAUUUUAUAUGAAGAUGAUGACAUGAUUGCUUUAAACAAGCCUUCCUGUCUGCAAGUUUUACCUGGAGGGCUUUUCCAGCAGCGAACUGUUUUAACACAGCUCCAAUGGUGGGCGAGGAAACAGACAUCUUCACUAGCAAGUCAAGAAUCACAUCCUGUUCCCGUUCAUCGCCUAGGAAGGGGCACAUCAGGAAUACUACUUUGUGCAAAGUCAAAGCUUGCCAAGACUCGCAUUGCAGCAUAUUUUGCUGAUGGCACAUCCCUUGUUGGGGACAACAGUGAUACUGGCACGUUGCUUGUCAAGAGAAGGAAAAUUUCAAAGAUAUAUCGAGCCCUAGUUGUUGGGAUAAUCGUAGAGGAUAAGGUUAUCAUCAAGCAGCCAAUUGGAACAGUGCGGUAUCCUGGAGUAGCCAAAGGAUUGUAUGUUGCUUCACCUUCAGGUAAGCCAGCAUUGAGCAAAGUUGAAGUGCUUGAGAGAGAUGUACAGGGAAACCACACAUUGGUCCAGGUUGAGAUUGAAUCAGGACGGCCACACCAAAUACGCAUUCACCUUUCUUUCAUAGGACAUCCUCUGCUAGGUGAUCCUCUUUAUGAUGUUGGUGGGCAGCCUAAGUGCUUCGAUUCUGAAUUCGUGGAUGAAAGUUUCGCCCAAGACGGAGGGUAUCAGAGGCCUACAAAACCUGUUCCUGGAGAUUGUGGCUAUUAUUUGCAUGCACAUCAAUUAUCCCUCUUACACCCAACCACAAAUGAGGUAAUUAAAGUGACAGCACCUCUUCCAUCAAACCUCCAAACAAGGGCAGAAGCGGGAAAUUAUAAAAGCUAGAUAGGUUGACAUGAAUAUGGAAACAGUUUGUGUCUGGUAUGACAUAUGCCAUUAUUUUUGUACCUCAUCAUCUCAUGUAAUAUUAUUUUUAUUUAUUCAGAGUUUGUUUAUCGUA